ACUCGCUGCACAGAAAUGUAGGGCAGCUUUAAUUUGGGAAGGAGAAGACAACGACGUGACCGGGUGAAGUUUCACUUUAGAAAGCACCUCAGUUGCCAGCUGCCUGAGUUAUUCAUGUUAUGCCACGUAUCAUUAUUUUAAAAUAAUAUUUUACAUUCAUGCAGUUUUUCUGUUCACUCUUAGUGUCUAAACAUCAUGUGAUGUACUUUGCGAGGUAAUUGUAGGAACCAGUGGCGUUACACUGUGUCAGUCGGACCUAUUUCGUAACCGGACUAUAAAUACAUUAGGCAGCCUUAAAGUACCUGGAGAAAUAACGAUGAAGAUUUUAGCAAGAAGAUCACCGCUUAAAUGAUCUCGUCCGUAGUUUAUAAUUCAGUUUCAUCAGACCCGUGAAAUAUACAACUCCAGUGUGACGUAUACAAGAAUGGAGUCGGGCCGACGUAAAGGUAUCAGCGGGGUCCUGUCUUCCUUGUCACUACUCUGUGUCAUUUUGGACCUCCAGUUGGACGGUGUCUUGGGGGCAACCCAAGUGGAGAUUGAGCAGCACUUGGAAAUGGGCCGUAAACUGUUGGCUGCUGGUCAACUGGCCGAGGCCCUGUCCCACUACCACUCGGCAGUGGAGGGUGACUCUAAGAACUACCUGACUUACUAUAAGCGGGCAGCUGUCUUCCUAGCCAUGGGCAAGUCCAAGUCAGCCCUGCCGGACCUGACCCGAGCCAUCGAACUCAAACCAGACUUCCUUGCUGCCAGACUGCAGAGAGGGAAUAUCCUCCUGAAGCAGGGCAACACCCAGGAGGCCCGGGAAGACUUUGAGGCUGUGCUGCAGCGCUCCCCGGACCAAAAGGAGGCACAGGAGCAGCUGAUGAAGGCCAACGAGCUGGAGGAGCUGCAGGAGGAGGCCCACGCGGCCCACCACAGAGGAGACUACGGCACAACCAUCACUGUGCUGGACCGCGUUGUGGAGUUGUCCCCUUGGGACCCGGAUUUCAGGGAACUCCGGGCGGAAUGCUACAUCCGCCUCGGAGACCCUCGGAAGGCCAUCCAGGACCUGACUCCGACCACCCGUCUCAGGAACGACAACCGCGCUGCCUUCCUCAAACUCAGCACUUUGCACUACAGCCUAGGGGAGCAUCACGAGUCACUAAACCACGUCCGUGAGUGUCUGAAGCUGGACCAGGAUGACAGAGAGUGUUUUUCCCACUACAAGCAGGUGAAGAAGCUCAGCAAGCAGCUGGACUCCGCUGAGGAGCUCAUCCAGGAGGAGAGGUAUCAGGAGGCCAUAGAUCAGUAUGAGUCAGUGAUGAGGACAGAGCCUAAUGUAAUGUACUAUAACAACAAGGCCAAGGAGAGGAUCUGCUUCUGCCUGGUCAAGAAAAAGAUGGCCACUGAGGCAAUAGACACCUGUUCAGAAGCCCACCAGAGAGACCCACGUAAUAUUAACAUCCUCAGAGACAGAGCGGAGGCCUUCAUCCUCAACCAGGACUAUGAGAAAGCGGUCGAGGACUAUCAGGAGGCGAGGGAGUUUGACAUGGAUAAUAAUGAAAUCAGAGAAGGUCUGGAGAGAGCCCAGAAACUGCUCAAACUCUCCCGCAAGCGAGACUACUAUAAGAUUCUUGGUGUAAAUAGGAGUGCCAACAAACAGGAAAUCAUCAAGGCGUAUAGGAAGCUUGCUCAACAGUGGCAUCCCGACAACUUCAGAGAGGAGUCGGAUAAGAAGGAGGCAGAGAAGAAGUUCAUUGACAUUGCCUCUGCUAAAGAGGUGCUCACUGACCCAGAAAUGCGUCAGAAGUUUGACUCCGGCGAGGACCCCCUGGAUCCGGAGAGUCAGCAGGGAGGAGGCCAGGGGGGCCAGGGGUGGCCCUUCCACUUCAACCCCUUCGAGUCUGGCGGCAACUACCACUUCAAGUUCCACCACUAAUGAGGACGCGAAGAGAAACACGGGGCGGGCCGAGUGACGGAACCGGGGAGGACUUACCAUUAAAGGAUGUUCGGCUGAUGAAAACCCACAGAGUGACUGAUGGAUGUACCCAAGGGUUGGAUUUUGGUGAUUUGGUUGUGGUUAUGGGGCAUUGUGGGUUAUGUAGUGAGUAUUGACUACUGCUGUACCGCGAGGGGUGGAGUAUCUAAUGCAAGACGUCUGCCACAACAAAACUGAGUGACAGUGUUAUCGGCUGUUGACUCGGGAGCACUUGAGGAAACAGACGUGAGAAUAGCGCUGCGUUGGUGUGCUGUCCUUCCACUUACUCCCAGGCUGUAGAUGCUGUCACUGCAUCCUUCCAGUGCCCAUGUUGUUUUUAUCUGGGGACGUUUUCUGCUUUUACUGUGUUCGUGCCAUUUUUCACCAAUUCUGCCCAGAAGUUGCUCUUUUGGUAGCAUAAGAGCUCUUUUUUUUCCCGCUAUACUUGAACAGCCAUGGUGCUGGAACGUUUCUGCUUUUAUUCAAUAAUACUCAUAAAAGUUCAAGUCUGACAAAAGAAUAUUCAAACUAGCACCCAUGCUACUCCGAUUAUAUUCAGAAUAAAACAACACUCAGAGCUUUUAGGGUGUUUUAUAAUAAAAGUUAUUUCUAUUUGUCAUAUUCUAUUUGCAAAGCUCUGGAGGUUGUUCCCCGCUGAAUAUAUUAUUGAGUUAAGCAUGGACUCAAUCUGAAAAUGGGUUAUAGUCAUUGUGGAAUUUUGGGACAAUUUACAUAUUGAGCAGUAGGCUUUACUGUGAAUGGUUAUCUCUUCAAACACUGCCUUUAAGAAAACAAUUUAACCAUGCCCAUUUUUGCAUUGAAUUCCAGCUUUAAUUAACACAAUAGGUGUACUGGAAGAUUUGGUGGCUGACCAACGACUUCCUGGUUGUGUACCCAAUCAAAGCUGGAGUGAAUUCUGCCUAUAAUCGGAAAGCCCCUGAAUUGUUGCAUUCUCCCCUUUUCAUUGAUUGCAAGGCAUGUCUUUGAAAAUGUGUACUGUUAGUCUGUCUUUUUUUCCAUUUAAAAAAACACGCUAGUCCACUACUCCUAAUGUGUUGCUUAUAGUGUUCCCAGGCUGGAAGCAACUUGGAGGAACAUAGGAUGGCCGGAGUAAUUUUAAUUGACAGCAUCUGCCAAUCCCAGAGGCGAAAGCUCAAACAAACAAUGGAUUAUAAAAUUUGACCACAGAACAUUGCUGGUCAAUAUCAUACUCAUAAAUGAACUCUUACCAUAAGCUGAAUUUGACUUCUGAAGACACAGUUUAGCUGUAAUUGAAAGCUUUGAAUGUAACUGCUCAACAACUUUUUUUUUUUAUGUGACAAAACCAUUGUGUUAACUGGCCUAGGAUGAGUUCUUUUCUAGUGUUCCUUUAUAUAAAAGGUGUCAAACUUAUUUUCCCCACGAACUACAGGGAGUGGGGCACAAAAAUUUUCUUACAAUCAAGAUUUGCAAAAAAUAGUCUUCUGUCCAUUGUGUUUAGAUUUGUUGAUGAUCCCUGACUGUCUGGCUUUUAUUCUGAUUAUUAACUAGCGGUUACACCUGUUGGCUGGAUUGGACCCCCUAACCACAGGUUGUUUGUUUAACACCCCUGUGGUUUAUAGGGAUGUUUUCUGGCUUGUUUUUAUGUUGUCAAACAGAAUCAAUGGAAAAGGUAUUAAAAUAUGGAUCUCCCUGGUAA